CGGAGCUCCCGGAUUGGCUGCUGGUAGCGGCGCGGGGUUGGCGGGAGAUUUGUGGUCUCUGGCGGCUAGGAGAGCAGUCGGGACCGCGAUGGCUUCUUCGUGGCGGGUUCGGACCCAGGGAAGCGUGGGUGCUAGAUAUUCAAAGGACACUGUGGGAAGAACGCGUUCCACAGAACACAGAGCCGGCGGCCGGCCGCACCUGCCCACGGCAGUGUACGAGUUCUCUGACCUCUCGAGCGUGGGCAAGCUGAGUGAGAACGAGAAAGAUGAAGAGCCUUAUGAAUCCUUUGAGCCGCCGCUGCACAGCACGGCCAUAUACACGGACGACGCGGAGCUCUCCAGACACUGCGGGUCCCUCGUCGCCGCGGCUCCUCCAGGGGACGAAGCAGAAAGAAGUGUGAGCACUCCUGAAAUUGAAGAAAGCGAAAACGAGUUCAUAAAGAGUAGUGCAAAAAAGCCGAGAAGAAAGCCCAAGCCCAUCAGCGAGGACUCCGGCAGCUGUGACGGAAGGGGUGUGAUCGUGGAAGGCGCACCAGCAGAGAACAGAGGUGGCCAGCGACGGGACGCUGCGUCGUCUCCGGAGCUCCCAGAGAUCCCGGAGGAGCUGGGCACUCCCCAGAAGACAGGACCUCUAGGUGCUGAGUCCUCUGGUGAAAAAGAGACCCUGGCAACCAAAAGUCAACUGAAAACUCAGAAAAAGGAGAAGACGUUUCAUGGCAAAAGAAAGAAACCAAGAGAUGAAGCUGUAGACACAGAUGUUUCUGGCUGCGCGCGUAUUUGGUGUCUAAAAGCGAAGAGAAGCAGUGACAUCACGGAGCUAGAUGUUGUCCUGUCGGCAUUUGAGGAAACCAUCCCUGAGUAUAAACAAAAUAUAGAAUCUAAAAUAUGCAAGGAAGCGAUCAACAAAUUUCAUUCUAGUCUGAAAGAGGAACUCAUCAAAACACUUACUGAAGUCCAGAAGUUGAAAACUCUGAGAAGGAAGAAUACUAAGAUGACUUCAGACAUUGAAAAGAAAAGGCAGCGUUUGAUCGAAGUCCAGAACGAACUGCUUUGGUUAGAGCCACAGCUGAAACAGCUACAGGUAAAAUGUGAUGAACUGGAGGAGAGAAAAUCUUCCCUUAGGAAUGCAGCCCAUUUCUUAUCUGACUUAAAACAGCUUCACCGCGAUUAUUCAGAAGUCCGAGAGCGGGGGCCGCCUGUGAAGGAGACGUAUGAUUCGUCCAGCCUUCCAGCUCUGUUAUUCAAAGGGAGAACCCUUCUAGGAGCUCAGAGCCACCUGCAGAAUAUCAACUAUCGGUUAGAGAGGCUCCUCGACCAGGAGUGACACGGGUCUACUAAGCCGCGCC